UCCACUCGUACUUCACACGUUUUUUCUUGUUCUCGAACUUUUCAGUUCACAGAAUUGGUUUCGAUUAAACGCAAUGUCAAAGCGCGUCUGGAACCGCAACCAGCGCUCGGUGUCCCUGCCCAGGAGAGAGUUCGUAGAAAUAAACCCCAUGAUGCCCGGCCAGAGCGUCGCAGCAGAAGUCGCACGCGGGCGAGCAUCAUCCGGACCUCAGAUGACUGUGGAGACCCUGUUUCCCACUUCUCAGGCGGGAAAGGAGCAUCCGAAUCAAUGUGGAAACCCCAUGGACCGAGUUUUGAAGGAAAGCUCCACGUCUGAAAAUUCGCUGGACAUGCCUGCGCUGCUACUCUUAACCAAGGGCAAGUCGGAUGGCACUUGGUUUUAUUCCAAGGAAAACAUGCAGAAUUGCGAGGAAGGGAGUGGCCACCUGCCUGCAACUUCCUCGAUGCCCAAGAUGGAUGAGUUGGGACCCGGCUGGCGAUCUUGCCAGAUCGGCGAUUUCUCUCGGAAGAAUCGUAGUAGCCCUCAGCUGUUCUGUACAGUGCCUUCGACAAGUUCUAUUAACUUUUCAAGCGACGACAACAAUUAUCCCGAUUCAAUAAUAGGAGACAUUGGGAAAAUGACCCACACGGUCACAGGAAAGGCACCGAAAACGCGUGCAGAAGAUCAAAGGUCAGGAAAGGUGGCCCAUCUAGGCAGUCUAAAUAGCAAGACUAAGCACAAGAGGCUGAUGAGGAGUACCAAUCCGUGCAUAGUGGGUUCGGAGGAUUUUGUUUACCAUCAGACCCUGAAUGAUGUCUUCUCCCAGUGGGACACUUCUGAGUCGCCAGAUUGCCAGCCGUCGACCAGUCAAAGUAAUCCAUACCAGAUUCCAAAGAAUCUGCCAUUCGGAUGGACAGCUCCGCCAAUCAACUACGCGGACUUCCUCUUCACGGCGGACCUGGAAAAAAGGCUGGAGGUCGAAAGCCUGAUGCCCAUGCUACUGACUCCACCGGGCACCUCCCAGCCGCUGGAAAAGAAUUCUCCGACUCAGGACUUGUAUGCCUUGAUGGGCAACGACGACAAAUUUCCUCUAAGCAUCUGCACCGACGAUAUAUCCAAAAAUGAUCCAUUGUGGGGCUCCACUUGCAUUAACUGGGAAGAAGGCAACGGCAGGAACUUUGACUUGAACCACGUCUGCGAGAAGGCCUUGUGCGAACUCCCAGACCCAACUGCUUCUCCGGAAACUGUGGAAGACUGGCAGGCCGUCGAGACUGUUUGCAUGCGUUUGAGGGGCUUCGAGGUGCCGGGCGACCAAGGUCUUCUGAAGGAACCUCCAUCCUUGGAUGAUGUACUCGAGGUUAUCGGGGACUUGGAGGCGAAGGACAAGAAGGAUGCGAAGAAUUAGUUUCAUAUAUGUAUAUCAUGCUGGGUAUAACUUCAGCCAUAGGAAAACGGACACUAGAAAGACCAAACAUUUUUUUUAUUAAACAUUUUUAAAAAUUUUUUGAAACGGGACACAUGGUUAUCCGCCGAUCUAUUUGAUAUUUGAGAAAAAUUAGUAUGUAAGUACCUGUGCAUUUCUAUUCCCAAAACCAAUAUUGCCUCCACACAACUGAUACAAAAAAUAGUGAAUUCUGCCAUGUUAGGCAAAUAUUUUAUACCAUUUCACUCACUCCCAGCAUUUUUC